AUGACUGACGAGAAACUGGAUCCUGCCAAUUUUAAACUUAUACGAACGACUGGUGGUACCGUAAGAGUGUCGCAAGCUUGUGAUAGAUGUAGAAUUAAAAAGAUCAAGUGCGAUGGACUAACCCCAUGUCACAACUGUGCUAAAAUUGAUUUUGAAUGUAAGACAAGUGAUAAGUUAACCAGAAGAGCAUUCCCUAAGGGAUACACUGAAAACUUGGAGAAGAAAUUGAAGGAAUUAGAAGAGGAAAACCGAAUAUUGAAAGAAAAGUAUGAAGAUGAAAAUGGAGAAGCAAAGGUACCCGGUGUUAAAGCCAAUGCGGAAAACCAGAUUGUACAGCAUCAUCAUAAUGAUCUGGUACAGCAGCCGCCAACUCCGCGAGUUGAAGCUAAUAGGCAUGACAAGGUGACUCUCACGAAUUCAACAAAUGUACAAAUCAAUAACCCCAUUGACCAGAUCUUUAACUUGGACGGGAAGGGGAUCAUUAUCGGAAAUGAUAACUUAAACUUCGAAUCGCAAUUCAAUCACUUGUUGAUCAAUUUGAAUUUACCAUUCCUUAAAAUAACCAACUCCCAUAACUUCCUAUUGAAUGAUCCUAAUUCAUAUUUAUAUCAUCCUUCUUAUACAAAGUACAACCGAUUCCACAAUCGAGACUUGGAUGUUAUCUAUAAUCCUUUGACUGCCAACAACAGUCAACACGAUGACUUGUUGGGAGAAAUGGUUACCUUGGCAAAUAAUCAAUUACCUAUAGACAUUUAUGAUUUCUUUAUAAAAUUGAUCAAUAACUUUAAGAAAAUUUUCAGUACAAAGAAAGAGUUGGAUAAUCAAAUCAUUCAUUUCUUUUUGAAUUAUAACAUAUUUAUUCCCAUAUUUGACUACAAACUGUUUAUGGAAAAUUAUGAUGCUUUCCACACGAUGUAUCCUUUUAUGUUUACCUAUGAUGAUGCCACCAUCAAUGGGUUCAAUAUUCUGAACAAUGAUUACCAUGUCGUGAAUGAGUACUUGAUGGUUGUAGUUCAAAUCUACGCAAUGAUAAUGAUGAAUGAUCCAACUAUCAAUUUAAACUUGCUUUUAAAUCAUUCUGAACCCAAUUAUAUCAAUGAUAACAAGAGAUCUUCAUCAGUGGUGAGAUCAUUGUAUGAUUUUUUACCAUAUUUCAAUGUGUUUCAUGUUUCAGUGGCUCAACUUCAAACAUACUUGUUAUUUUUACACUACUCUUUAAUUACUAACAACAAGGAAAAGUCAUUGGUCUUAUCUUCAUUAAUAAACUCUUUCAUCGGUAUUUUGGGUAUCAACUUGAACAGCAAGAAUUUAUUCUUCAAUGAUUUAACUCUUACUACAAAUCAAAGAAGGACCAGAGUGAAGAUCUUUUGGUGUUUCAAGAUUCUAUUAAAAGUCUUCAAUUUGAAGUUUGGGUUCAAGCCAAGUUUGAACACUACUGUCAUAAAUCCAGUCACCAUAGAUAGAUAUUUUGAGUUGACCCCUGCAAAAUUAUCGACCUUAUUAGAAGAAGGAGAGAAUGAUGAAUUAUUCAAGAUUUUGUUGAAGCCCAGUAUCGAAUUCUUGAACUUGGUGAACAUUAUUAUCCCAUCAUCUUUUUCACCAAAUUAUUAUCAAUACUUGAAAGGUGAUAAUGAUGGAAAGGAUCAUCAACAACAAGGUCAGCACCAUCCACCCAAGUCCAAGAAAGCCAGAUUAGAUUGGAUUUUGAAUGAUGAUGAUGGAGAUGGUAGUGAUGGUAAUUUGAAUUAUAAUUUCAAUCAGUUCUUAACCAUAGAUAAGAAUUUGACCAGCUGGAGGGAAUCUUUGAAGGAGAAGGAAUUAAACCUCAUACCACUACAGAUGCAAAUGAAUUUGCCAGUGAUAUCUGGAAUUACCAAAAAUAAUUUGUAUCAUAACAUUCCAAAGAAAGAGAAUGAUAAUGAUGAUGAGAACGGUUCCACAGAGAUUCCUUCAAUAUUGAGUCCAGAGGCAAUACAAUGCUACUUGACAAGGGGUUUACCAGACAGGUAUACUGCUUCUCAGUUAAUUAAAAUUCAAUUAAAUUUUCACUAUCUUUUGAUAAGAUCAAUGAACUAUUUGAAUUUUGUAAUUGAUAAAGAAUUAACUCCAAGCUAUUUUGCAAAACUUACUGAUAUUUCAAGAGAGGUUUUAUCUUACUUCAUUGCUAUUUUUCAACAUGUGAGUGAAAGCAAAAAGUAUUUAGACAGUAGCAAGACAUUAGCUAAGCUGUCAAUUGUGGCUCCUCACAAUGCUGUUAUGGAAAGUUUGGGAUUAGACGUGGAUGAAGAUGGUUUUGUUAUCAACGAUUUCCUGGUUAAGAGGAGAAGAGUCUCGCAGCCAUUGCAUCAUGGUGGACCAGGUGGCGGUGGUGGUAAAGCUUCUUCUCAGCCAUCAAGUAUCAAUUCUAAGCGUCUCGUUUCUGAAUUACCCAAAUCUCCAUUUAACCAUAUUUUAAAUGGGCUUUCAAUGACAAUUAUCAAUUUGAAGAAAUCCAUCAUAUUACAAAUGUUAUAUCUCUUGAUAAGCUCGUUGAAAAUCUUCAAGAAGGGAGAAGAAAGAGUUUCAAGGGACACUAGGAACAUAUUGAAUAAUAGUGUUGACCUAUUUAUUAAAAUUUUCAUAAAUUACAAUCCUGACAUUAAAAAAGAGAAAUCUAAGUUUAGCAUGAAAACAACAAACCAGGGUUCUUCCAGUUUAUUAUCAAACUCUCUGUCUAAAGAGGCUAAGUUAUUUGGUAGGUUAAUCAAUGACGAAUUGAAGGAUGAAAUAUUAAAAGAACCUAGAAGAAGUGGAACUGACGAUAGUGAUGACAAUGGAAGUGAAGAUGAAAUGGAAGAUGAAGAAAAUGAAAUCUCUCAAAUAGAUUGGGAUGAUGAAGAGAUGGACGAGGAUUUGAAAUACUUAAAAAUAUUGAAGUUUUUGAAAUACAAAAUUAACAGUAUAUACAAUUUAUCAAAGGUGAAGCAUAUGAGUGGGAAGUUCAAGAAAAAGGUUACUAAUACUAACAGUAAUAGUAGUACUUAUAAUACUAAUAACAAGAAGGAAAAUACUGCUGUUAAUCCUAUUCCGGCUAGAAUGAGUCUAGGGGGGAAUUCUGGCAUGAGUGCGUUAAUGUUACAACAAUCACCACUUCACCUUUAUUCGGGUGGUCCAUCUCCCCCGAACUACACAAGCAGUGGUAAUUUAUCCAAAGUUUCCUCACUUAGCAAAUUCGAUUUCUUACUAGGGGAAGAUAAUUACCCCGUACACACCUUAGGAAGUACUGGAAUAGGCACACCCUCAAGCGGGGCCGGUUCCUAUCCGAUUAUCAGUAAAUUAAAGGAAUACAGUGGUGGUAAUGGAAGUCCACCCAGUGCGGAAGAUUUAGAAUUGAUUAAAAAGGAGAGACUUGCGAUAAACGAUUUGAUGAGUUUGAAGAAUCAAAAAGGAGAAAACUCACCCGUUUUCCAUUCGAAUUGGAAUAUCGAAGAAGAAAGAAAGUGA